AUGGUGAAGAAGAGCAAGCUCCUAGCAGCGCUAGACGCCCACAAAGGCCGAGACUACGACGCAGAGAAGCGGAAGAAGCAGUUAAAGGCUGGAGAAAAGGCGAAGCAAGAAAAGCUCGCUCGGAAGGCACAGUCCGCCAAGUCAGAGGAUGAAGCAGAGCCAAUGGCACAGGCAGCAGAUAUCGCGCUACCGGAGAGCGAAGACGAGGCAGAAGAGGUAGACGAUAUCACAACAGUCAAGUUUAACGGAGAGCCUACAACACAGACCAACGGUCAAGACGUUGCCAGUGAAGGCGACGAUAGCGACCAGGAUGGAGACGAGGACCAGGACGACGAAGGAGAAGAAGAAGAAGAAGAAGAAGAAGACGACGAUGAGGCAGGAGAAGAGGAAGACAUCGCUCUCUCUGACCUCUCCGCAUCCGACCGCGAAGACACAGUCCCACACCAACGUAUGACCAUCAACAAUGGCCCCGCCCUCCUCACAUCAACCUCACGCAUCGCUCUCCUUCGCAACCACCCUCUCAAGGACCGCGCCCCUUUUUCGACGCACAACAGCCUAAUCUCUACUCUCCCCUCCACCACCACUUCCGUCCCCGACCCCAACGACGACCUCACUCGGGAAUCUGCCUUCUAUGCCAUAGCGCGCGCGGCUGCCUCCGAAGCCCGUAGCCUUCUCAAAAAGGAAAACAUCCCCUUCUCCCGCCCCGCAGACUAUUUCGCCGAAAUGGUGAAAAGCGAAGAGCACAUGGGCCGAAUCCACAAGAAGCAGUACGACGAGGCGGCGGAUCGCAAGGGAAGAGAGGAGGCGAGAAAGUUGCGGGAUGCGAAGAAGUUUGGAAAGCAGGUGCAGGUAGCCAAGGAGCAAGAGCGGGCCAAGUUGAAGAGGGAGACGUUGGACAAGAUCAAGGAUCUGAAGCGAAAACGAAAAGGCAACCCCUCAGAGAACACCAAAGAAGACGCCGAAGAUGACCUCUUCGACGUUGGCGUAGACGACGACAAUAAUGACAGCAACAAAUCACGCCGAGGAGGUCGCGAUCGGAGCAGCAGUCGGGGUGGUGCUGGCGGCGCCUUCAAACGGCAGAAGAAGGACGCCAAAUUCGGGUUCGGCGGGAAGAAGCGCUUCUCGAAGAGCGGCGAUGCGGAAAGUAGUGCUGAUAUGCGUGGAUUCAGCAGUGCGAGAAUGAAGGGCAGGGGUGGUGGUGGUGGGAGGGGAGGUGCAAAGCGGUUAGGGAAGAGUCGGAGAGCGGCUGGACGACCGUGA